AUGCCCAUGUACGCGGUGGUCUACCUGCGCUACGGGCCGUACAGCGCGGUGGGCCUGUCGGUGGAACAUCGCACCUUCCGUCUGGAGGGUCUGCAAGUGGUGUUGACGAGAGAUGGACACGAGGUCAUUCUAGAGAAGAUUGACGACUGGGAUGUGGUGGAGCUCAUGGUGAAUGGAGAGGUGGUUUUCCGCUGCAAUAUCAAGGACCUAGAGUUCGGAGGCGAUGGAAAGCUCGACCCGCUGUGCGAAGAGGCCAGGCUAGCGGUGCUAAAAGCCUACUAA